GAAGCGGAAAGACGUGUUUUGCCCACGUCCACUUUUUGCCGGUUAUUCGGAAAAUCGCAAUCGCAUCGCAGUUAUCGGAUGAAUCCACACAAUCGCACUGAUAAUUAUUUUGGCCAAAAAAAUUAACACAAAGCGCAGAUCCGAAAGAUACGAAAAAAAACCUCACGGAUUGCGAAUUUGUUUGAAUGCCCGCGGUUGCGUUCGUGUGCGUGUGAGUAUCUGUGUGAGCAGCGCGUGUAAACAAAUGAAAAGACCGAAACGAGCGGUGUAUCUUCGGCUCUGAUAAGCUGACAAGUUUGAUAAAAAGCCAACACAUAGUUGUUAACAGCUCGCAAAACACAAGUGCUACUGUAUAAAAGUAAUAGAAAAGCGCCGCCCCCUUACCCCCGCCUCUUAAAGGAAAUCCAAACAAAUAGCCGGCUAGUGGAAAACAAGUGAAAUUCAAGAUACAACUGUAAAUACGGCGGAAUUAUAGGAAAAUAUACAUAAUACCGGCGAUAUCGCUGCAAAUUAAGGCCGUGAAAAAUUCGCAGAAAACAACAGCAACACAACAACAUCAACAACAACAAGCAAUUAUGGUGUAAAGUAUACGACUAAAAUCUUAUCGGUGUGCAAUCGUUGUUGCUAUUAUUGUUCUAUAUGCUGGUUAGUUGAGUUGUUGUUUUUGCCUUAGCCGGCGUCGCGGCGGUGUUAGUGUGUCGGUGUGUUUGUGUGCAAACGAGUUUGCAAAAAAGGCAACAACAAAAAUUGCAGUUACGGUGGCAAGUGUUGCAGAUACUCCAGCAACAGCGACGACGACAACAACAGCCAGUUAACCAGAAACCAACACACAACGCCAGCCACAAAAAUAUUGGGAAAUGCAUUCAUAAAUGAGUCGAGAUAAAUGAAAUCCAAAUGAAAGUGCUGAAAUUAAAUAAAUUUUAAGUAAAUAAGAAACCACAAAUACCACAAUUUAAUAACGAGCGUGUGCCAGUGUAGAUCAAUACGUAAUAGCUAUAUAUUAACCAUAUAUAGGCCAAUAAAAGAGUGCUAAAAUGCUGUCCCCCGCAGCAUCGGUCAUCGUCGCGAUGCAUAAAUCCCUCUGAAAUCAAAAUUAAACCAAUCAAAAUAUAUCAGCGUAGUAAAUCAAAUCAAAAUUGCAUCAAACCCACACUCAAAUUGUUGCCCGAUCAACAGUUUGAGUAAAUAAAUAUUCUUCGAGCCCAUCAAGCACUGAACAACGGCCUCAAAACGGAGUCCCUAGAGUUUUUGCCCUGCGAGGAAGAGGAUUUCGAGAUGGAUAUCCUACCGAGUGGCAAUAUCUUCAACGAGUUGGAGCGGAUCUGCACCACCGGCUACUUCUCGUCACAGCCAUCGAUUGAGGAUCAAUGGCAACAGACCUGCUACGAACUGGAGCGCUAUCUGAAGGAUGAGCCCAAGAUGCAGAAGAAGAAGAUACACAGCAACCUGGACAACGCCUGGGACAUAUUCUCCACACCCGCCCGCCUGCUCGAGGAGCUGAAGAUCAAGGAGCAGCACCUGGACACGAUCUCGACGACCUCCUCGGUCUCGUCCAACUGCUCGGGCAUCUCGUGGGACAGCAAUGGCUCCCAGGCGCUGAGCUGCUCGGUGCUGGUGAAGCAGGAGCGGAUCGACGAGGAGGACGACGAGGUGGGCUGUGACGACAAGAUGGGCGUGCUGCUCUCGGCCCCGCCCUCGGCCAUCUCGCCCAAUCCCAGCAUCGGCAGUGCGGGCAACAUGACGCCCACCAGCAACAGCAAUAGCCAUAUAAGCAGCAGCAACAGCAUCACCAACAGCAACAUCGGCAGCAGCAGCAACAUCAUUGCCAGUCCGCUGAGCAGCCUGGGCAGUGGCAGCACCAUCACCGUCAGCUCCCGCAACAGCUCGGCGCCGGGCAUCAAGGUGCGAGUGGUCCAGGCCAAAAGCAACUCCAGAUUGCACCUGGGGCAUGUGCAGGACUUUGUGCUGCCCACGCUGACGCCGCCCUCCUCGCCAGAAUCCAGCCUGCGCACCCACAACUAUGCCCAGCAGCUGGAGGCCAACGAUCUGGCGGCACUGAUACAGCAGCAGCAGCAGCAGCAACAGCAGCAGCAGCGACAGGCACAGCAGCAGCAACAUCCACACCCACAGACGAGCAACUCCACACCUGCAACAGCAAUCCUGCGAUUCACCAGCCAGAGCAAUCCCACAAUGACGCAACUGCAGCAGCAGCAACAGCAGUUGGCCGUCCAGCAUUUGAGCAUAUCGCCACAGGCCCUGGGCAGCAACUCGCCCAAGAGCAGCACCAGCAGCAGCAGCAGCAGCAGCAGCAGCAGCAGCAGUAGCAGCAACAGCAGCAUUAGCAACAGCAGCAGCAGUCGCACCAGCGACCAGCCGACCCACAGCAACAUUCCGCGCAGCACCAUCGUCCGACUGACAACGGCCAACGGCAAGCCAGGAGCCGCUGGAAUCAGUCUGGCCCGCGUCAUCCAAAUGCAGAACAACGGCAAUGCCAAUGUGGCCGCCGUGCUUAAUGCGGCCGCCAACAGCAGCACCAGCAACAGCAGCAACACCACCAGCGCCAGCAGCAACAUCAGCAACGCCAGCAGCAACACAGCGACCCCGCAGCAACAGGUGUUGUCGCAGCGGGCCGAAAAGCCAUCGAAUGGCUCCUCCAAAUCACAUCACCCCCGCCAACACCACAGCGAUCACAGCCCCGACGCCAAGAGACGGAUACACAAGUGCCAAUUCCUGGGCUGCAAAAAAGUCUACACGAAGAGCUCACACCUGAAGGCCCACCAAAGAACGCACACAGGUGAGAAGCCGUACAAGUGCUCCUGGGACGGCUGCGAAUGGCGGUUUGCGAGGAGCGACGAGCUGACCCGCCACUACCGCAAGCACACGGGUGCCAAGCCCUUCAAGUGCCGCAACUGCGAUCGCUGCUUCUCGAGGUCCGAUCACCUGGCGCUCCACAUGAAGCGCCAUAUGUGAGGGGAAAUCUAAGUUCAAAAAGAGAUCCCCGGAAAAUCCAGAGGCGGAGGGACGGAGAGGGAGGAGUUCAGCGGAAACUGUGUGCCAUCAAGGAACGAUGAAAAACUUGCGUAACGCUAAUCAAAACCACUUAAUUCGUGGAGCAGAGAGGGGUGUAAAAAUAAAAUUGAAAAGGUUAAAAAAAAUCAAAGAAAACAUCACAACACAAGCACAAAGAUGGAAAUUCAAGUUAUCGGAUUCUGAUUGAUAUUUGUGCUGCCAUUAUUGUCGCCGUUAUCGUUUUCGUUAUCGUAUGGUUAUCGUCGUUAUCGUUUCAAUUGCAAAUUCGAUUUGUUUCAAUGCCUUGUAAGUGUAAGUUUAAGCUAAAGCAGCCUGAUCGCAUUUCCCCAAUCACACCUAGCAUUUAGCGGCAAGUUCUGAACAAACAGCAAAAAUUGUGUACAAUUUACCAAAGCUAAGCGAUUUCUUUAAUUAGUAAAGCAGCAACAAAAUAAUAAAAAACGUAGUAAUUUAAUUGAAAAAUAAUAUUUUUGUUUUCAUAAUGUGAACACUGCCAAAAUGAAAAUGUAAAAAUGAAAAAAACAAACAAAAAAACAAAAACCUAAAAACUAGAAAAAAUAUUUGUAAAUGUAAAGAGUUAAUAUAAAUAAUUAGUUUCAUAUGUCGGCAUCAGCAAAUAGAAUUACAAAUACAAGAAAAGGUAAAAGUGCAAAAUAUGUUUUAAACAAAACAAAACACAAAACGUUAAAACUGCUUAUUUUCUUAAAUUAAUUUUAAAUGUAAUUUAAAUGUUGCCUAGGUCUGAAUAUCAUUUCACCGCACCACUCGAAAUUCGAACCCUAUUAAUAUUAAAUUUAAUCAAUGCCUAAACUAAACUUCAAUUGAUAUUCGCCAUUUUUCGAGAAGGCACUUUCGUUAGAUAUGGCUACAGAAUUGCUUUUUAAUGAGUAUACGUAAUUAUUUAAUGGUAAAAAUUUCUCUUAUGCAUUGCCUAAGUGAUGGAAAGUAUUACGAACACAUUUUGAUAUGUUUAACUAAUUUAAUCAAAAUUUGUAUUCUCAAUCGAAAACGAAACAAAAUUUAUAUUUGACUUACAUACAAAUUCUUCUUUAUGUGCCUCAUUAAUUUUAAUGAAUCAAAUCAAUCAAUUCCCUUUAGUUAAGCCACUUUUUCGGUAUCCUCCUAUUUUACGAAAUCUUUUAUAUUUUGUGUGCUGAUUUUCAUUUUGUAGUGUAUCAUUUCCUCAUUCUUGUUUAUAAUGAUUUGUUUAAUUUUUAAUUAUUUUUAAAUAAAGAAAAAGUAUGUGAAAAACGAA